AUGACCAUCAAAGCUAGACUUUGGAAGCAGAAAGGUAUCUUCUGUGUAAUUAAUCGAGAUCGUUAUUCCUUUAUUAACGCGUCGACGCGAAAGGGGUGGCUUUUGGGACGACCCUGCUUCCCUCAGGGGUCUCUCGUUCCACGUAUAAACGGGAGAAAUGAGUCUGAAUCGUUGCUCACGUGUCCCUCAGAACCCGUGGGCAGCGUUCGUCCAAAAAUUCCAUCGACGGACGACAUUCGUGGAUUCAGGACGACGGUGAACGGAAGCGAGGCUUUGAUCUGCCCUGCACAGGGGUUCCCCGUCCCCUCAAACAGUUUGACUUUCGUACAUUUUUAUCUUCGUUCAAUUUCUCGUGGAUCUUAGCCUCUCCAGUUUUUCAUAGCGUUAAACUACAACAUAUUUAUAUGCAUCUUUGGAAGUUACAUCGUGAAAGGUGGCAAGAUAUUGUCAAAGAAUUUCAUAACGUAUGA